GCACGCCGGCCCCUCUCCUCGCCCGCUCUCCGGCCGCAGUGGGAGCGGAGCGCUGGCUGGCAGCGGCCCGGCAGGGAGCGAGCGAGCCCCGCGGCGGAGCGGAGCGGGGUGGGGAAGGAAGGGAAGGGAGCCGCGCACGCUGCCUGCUCCGUCCCUGCCCCACUUCCUUCCACCCGGCUGGAGGGGCCGGGGCCGCGGGAGAUACAAAGGAGCGGCAGGGGGGGAGAGACACAGACACAAGGGGGCAUCGUGCCCGCCAGGCACCCUCGAGGCAGAGCCAGCUGGAGAGGGGGACCACAGCCCGGACACUGACUCUCUGUGUUACCUCCCCCUGCCCGGGGGAAUCGAUCGCAGCCGGCGAAAGCGCCUCGCUCUUGGAAACACGCUUCCUCCCACCCCUUUCUGGCGGAGUGAAAAACCUGGACAGUGCGCCUUGACAUCUCCCUCCUCAAUGUUAAGCGAUUUCCACCCGAAGAGGGGCAAGUCUUGGACCUGCGCCGACCAAGCGGGGGUGAAAUCGAAGGGAGGAAAAGAUUUUUGGAAGUUGAUCCGCUCCCCUCUCCUCCCGUGGUUUUUUUUUUUAAAGAACACUAAAAUUUUCUUGUUGUGCAGGGCAUAGGUUCCCAGCUUCCUAGGAAAUCCUCUGGACGGAGAGGAGAGGAUUGGAAAGAAUAAUAAUACAAGGAUACAGCUGGGCCCUGUUUGCUUUUCCUGGUUUUUGUGCCUGAAGAUGCUAUCCUACAGCGUGCUGGAUGCAAAUGUGGUGGAUGUGGAGAAAAGGAGAAACCCUUCUAAGCACUAUGUAUAUAUCAUAAAUGUAACAUGGUCUGACUCAACUUCCCAGAUCAUCUACCGGAGGUACAGCAAGUUCUUUGACCUGCAGAUGCAGCUUCUGGAUAAAUUCCCCAUUGAAGGAGGCCAGAAAGACCCGAAGCAGAGGAUCAUUCCCUUUCUCCCAGGUAACCGCUUCAUGAAGGACUUGAACAGGGCAACGUAAGGCGUCCACAAUCCAUUCCACGACCGCUGAGCCCAAUGAGGACUUGGCACACAGCUUCUGGUGAUUCUGAAUCUCAGGCUUCGGUAGCCACAGGGUCUCUUUGUGUCUUGCAGCCUCAAGAAAGAAAGCGUUUUAUGUUCAUUACAGAUGGCCUCUUUCCUGUCAUAGGCUGCUACAUGGCAGGGGAUGUGUUGGCUAUCUGUAAGUACUAGAGGAGGGAAUAUUUAUGGAGGGACAAGGGAAUGAACGCAGCAAGAUUUUAAUGAUAUGAAAAAGUUAUGCUAAACGUUAGGACGCAUUUUCUAAUACACUUGAACCUCUUUAAUCCAGCAACCCUGGGAAACAGUGUAUGCCAGAUUAAAGAUUUUGCCACUCCAGGGAGGGUGCUGUA